CAUUUUAAGUCUCGGUCUCGCUCCCUGUCCUCACAUUUAUAGUCUUUCCUUCUCUUCUGGUUGCGUGUUUUAGAAAGAGGAGAAACACAAGCACAACACCAAAGAAAGAGAGCGCCUCUCAUUUCUGGUCUUCAUUCUUCAACAACCAACUCGGCAUUCGUGGUGGCUCAGCAGGGCAUUUUGGGGUCAAGAUGAAGUUUAUGAAGUUAGGGUCCAAGCCUGAUGCGUUUCAAGCUGACGGCAAGUCGAUCAGAUAUGUAACAUCUGAGUUGGAAUCCGAUGUCGUCGUCAAGGUUGGGGAAGUUCAAUUUUACCUUCACAAGUUCCCUCUCCUGUCCAAGAGUAAUCGCUUGCAAAAACUAGUACCUAAAUCCAAUGAGGAUAAAGUCGUCGAAGUUUGCAUGGAUGAUUUCCCUGGUGGUGCGAAUUCCUUUGAAGUCUGUGCAAAAUUUUGCUAUGGAAUGACUGUUACUCUCAAUGCUUACAAUGUUGUGGCUGCUCGUUGUGGUGCUGAGUAUCUGGAGAUGACUGAGGAUGUUGAUCGCAGUAACCUGAUAUAUAAAAUCGAAGUAUUCCUGAAUUCAAGUAUAUUUCGUAGCUGGAAAGAUACCAUUAAUGUUCUCCAAACAACCAAACCUCUUCUGUCAUGGUCUGAGGAUCUGAAAAUUGUCGGAAGAUGCAUAGAUUCAAUUGCUUCUAAAACUUCUGUGGACCCUGCAAAUAUCAGCUGGUCCUACACACACAACCGCAAAUUAGCAGAGCCUGAUAAAAUUACUGAAGAAGGGACUAAUUAUCGAGACAAAAUGGAAAAUAUUCCAAGGGAUUGGUGGGUUGAAGAUAUAUGUGAGCUAGAUAUUGAUCUCUACAAGCGUGUCAUGAUUGCUGUGAAAUCAAAAGGAAGAAUGAAUGGUGCCGUUAUAGGGGAGGCUCUGAAAACUUAUGCACUUAGAUGGUUGCCAGACUCUGUUGACGCGUUGAUUUCUGAAGAUCAUGCAUUGAGGAACAAAUCUCUAAUAGAAACUAUUAUUUGUUUACUGCCAUCUGACAAAGGUGUGGGUUGUUCAUGCAGUUUCUUGCUGAAACUUUUGAAAGUUAGUACUUUGGUUGGAGCAGAUGAGUCAUUGAGGGAGGUUCUGGUGAACAGGAUUGGCUUGAAGUUACAUGAAGCUCGUGUUAGUGAUUUAUUGAUCCCUGCUCGGUUUCCUCAAAUUACUAUUUAUGAUGUUGAAUUGGUUCAGUCCAUUGUGAAUCGGUUUGUGAUACAUGAAAAGAGUAACUGGGAUCUGGAUGUUGUUCGGAAGAAUGAAAAGGGUACUGAUAAUUUGAUCUUGGGGCAUGGAUCCUUGGUGGGUGUUGGUAGACUGAUUGAUGGGUAUCUUGCCGAAAUUGCACAUGACCCUAAUCUUAACCUUGGUAGUUUCAUAGACUUGUCACAAUCGCUUCCCGAGUUAGCGAGGCCAAUUCAUGAUGGAUUGUACAAAGCCAUUGACAUCUACCUGAAGGAGCACCCUAGUCUGACAAAAGCGGAGAGGAAAAGAAUAUGUGGAUUAAUGGAUGUCAAGAAGCUGACAAUGGAGGCAUCUAUGGAUGCUGCACAGAACGAGCGGCUUCCACUGCGAGUUGUUGUCCAAGUUCUCUUUUUUGAGCAGGUGAGAUCUUCAGCUGCUUCUCGGUCCCUUAACAACCACCAAUCUGAUGGUUCACAGUCCACCACAAAUUUCGAUGAAGAGUGUCACAACACAGCAGAAGAAAACUGCAAACCUCUAGGAAAACAGCUGAGGCAAAUGAAGGUGAGCGAAGAGUUGCAGAAGAAUGGGAGAUUGGGUAAGAAGAACAGCAAGAACAGCAGAAGUGGUGCGCAGUUGUUGCCAUCUAGGUCAAGAAGGAUAUUUGAUAAGUUAUGGUCUGUGGGGAAAGGGGGGCAUGUAGAGAACAAGAGUUCGGAGACUUCUGGGAGUUCUCAGAGCCCAACUUCAAUAGUUCCUGGUGAUUCAAAGUUAGUUUCAUCAAGACACAGGAGGCAUUCUAUCUCGUAGGUUUGGUAUCAUAUUUGAAUGAAAUGAGGAAAAAAUUCGUCUGCCAAGUGUACAAAAUGGUAGGAUUCGUUGUAGCUGAUUAUCAUAUUGUCCUUUCUGUGGCUGACACAAGUAUUAUUUCAAAGGGAACAGAGUUCACUGUAGUUAAAAUGUAGUCAGUUAUCUGGUGGCAUUGCCAUAGACAUCUUUUGGUACCAAUUGUAACAUUCUCUGUGUUGAUCUUUAAACAAGUGCCGGCUCAUUUCAAGUUUGUUAAAAACUCAUCAG